CCGCUGCAGCGGGUUUCCAUAGACCAAUCGCGAUGAUGACAAUGUUCAGAAGGAAUUGGAAUUGUGCUACCUUGUAUUCCAGACUCGUUAAUCCUUCAACAUCAUCUAGUUUUCACAACGUUACUCAUCUCCGUUCUUCGUCUUCUUCGAAUCUUCAUCUCUCACCAUCUUCUGUUGUUCCCUCUAAAUCCACCGAUCUUUUCUCCCUCGCCCGCCACUAUGGAAACUGCUAUGCUGAACUCUCCAAAGCCCGUCUCAGCCUGCUUGUGGUUGCAACGUCUGGGACUGGAUUUGUGUUGGGGAGUGGUGGUGCUGUUGAUCUCUCCUCACUUUCUAUGACUUGCUUGGGUACCAUGAUGGUUGCUGCAUCUGCUAGCACUUUAAAUCAGGUGUUUGAGAUCAAGAAUGAUGCCAUAAUGAGGAGAACAAGCCAAAGGCCAUUGCCCUCGGGACGCAUUACAAUACCUCACGCAGUUGGCUGGGCAUCCUCUGUUGGUUUGGCUGGCACAGCCCUACUAGCUACACAGACUAAUAUGUUAGCUGCUGGGCUUGCUGCUUCCAACCUGAUUCUGUACUCAUUUGUAUAUACGCCAUUGAAGCAGAUUCAUCCUGUAAAUACAUGGGUGGGGGCUGUAGUCGGUGCUAUUCCACCACUUUUGGGGUGGGCUGCAGCUUCUGGUGAUAUUUCACUAAAUAGUUUGAUUCUUCCGGCUGCUUUGUAUUUUUGGCAGAUACCACAUUUUAUGGCCCUUGCUUAUAUGUGCCGCGAUGACUAUGCUGCGGGAGGGUUUAAGAUGUACUCUCUUGCUGAUCCAUCUGGGCGGAAAACAGCAUUGGUUGCUAUGAGGAACUCCAUAUAUCUAAUCCCUUUGGGUUUCUUGGCAUAUGAUUGGGGUGUGACUUCUGGAUGGUUUUGUCUUGAGUCCACUGCACUUACACUUGCAAUAAGCGCUGCAGCGUUUUCAUUUUAUAGAGACCGUACUAAGGAAAGCGCUAGGAGAAUGUUCCAUGCCAGUCUUCUUUAUCUCCCUGUGUUUAUGACUGGGUUUCUAGUUCACCGUCGCACAGAUAACCAACAAAUCAUAGAAGUCAAUGCAAAGGGUUUUGUGAAAUCUUCAUCCUCUGUGGAAUCUUCAGAUAUGGUUGAUAAAAGUGGUAACCAGAAUAUCAAGGGAAGGCGAGGGACCCGAGCUCGUCCACCUGUAGCAUAUGCCUCUAUUGCUCCUUUCCCCUUUUUGCCUGCUCCUUCAUAUGAAGUCAUUUAACAUUUAUCAUGUGUUCAACUUUUGUAUGACCACAUUUUCUUAUCAUGCUUUGUUUGAUUGAUUUGAUAUAUUCAUUGAAAUUGUUUUCUCAAUGGCCAAAGCCAUUAAGGAUUUUGCAUUGAACAUGGAAGAUGAAGUAUAUAAUGUGAAAUAAAUUAUAGUUACUCUGGAUUUUGCAUGAAUAUGCAAA